AAAAGCCGUUCCGUACGCGCAAUCUUGAUAUUGCUUUAAGAUGCUACGAAGUAUCGUACUCUGUGCUCUCAUUGUCGGAUGCUUCGGCUACGCGCCGGACGUCCCGAACCUGUUCCCGGACUCUCAGAUCGUCGGAGGAAACGAAGUCAAUAUAAAUCAGCAUCCGUAUCAACUGAGUCUGCAAACUACCUCGCACAUUUGCGGUGCCUCGAUCAUCAGUCCUAGAUGGGCCAUCACUGCAGGUCACUGUGCCGGAUACGCUGCCAGCCAGUACACUCUACGAGCUGGCAACAGCAAUAAAGACUUGGGCGUUCCUUAUAAGGUGAAGAAUGUCAUUCGACAUCCUAACUACAACGCUCGAACUGUGGACUACGAUGUCGCGCUUCUCGAGGUAAGUCGAAUCCAGUUCAACAGCAACGUGCAACCUGUGAAAUUGACAAGUGUAGAACCAUCGUCUGGUACGAUGCUGGAUGUGACUGGUUGGGGCGCGCUCAAGGAGGGUGGAACUGCUUCACCGAAACUCAUGAAAGUAUCCAUACCAGUAAUAGCCAGGAAACGGUGCUCUGCUAUCUAUCAAAAACUGAACACGAUCACCGACAGGAUGAUAUGCGCUGGUUACAGCGAAGGUGGAAAGGAUUCUUGUCAAGGUGAUUCUGGUGGUCCUCUGACAUCCAAAGGCGUCCUCUACGGCGUCGUGUCCUGGGGCUACGGAUGUGCUCAUCCAACUUACCCUGGUGUUUACACGAACGUAGCUAAUCUGCGAUCCUGGAUCAGGAGUCUAACUACGAUAAUUGUACCAGACGUUCGUUGCUCUUCGUCGAUCGACGUUCAAAUGUCUACGAAGAUUUUCUUCUUGCUCUUCUUCGUCCUCUUCGAGGAUGUUCUCGCGUUCGAGAAUUUGAAGUAUGUGAACAUCACGGAAUACCCUUAUCAUGUGUCUGUUGAGAAAUACGGAAGACACGUUUGUAGCGGAGCACUGGUGCACGAAUCGUGGGUGAUAACCGCGGCGUACUGCGUUUUUCGUACGGAUUUAUCAAUGGUAACGGUAAGAGUACGCUCGUCUUUGCUCGAUUCUGGCGGGGAACAGUUGCAGGUGGGCAACAUAGUUGUGCACGAGGAUUACGAUAAAUUCGUACUGAUCAACGACAUCGCUCUAAUCAAGUUGAAAACUCCUGUACAAUUCGGGGAGAAAUUGUUGCCGAUAGGAAUCCCGGAAAGGAAAGACUAUAAGCUCGAUGAUGGAGCGAGAUGUUUCGUGACAGGGUGGAGGCACACGAUGGCUGGCCCGGUGGAACCACAACUCACGGUGACAGUCGUACCGUUGGUGAAUCAGACUACCUGCAAGUCGGUGAUGCCUUGCUACGAACCGGUGCUCCAGAGUAUGCUUUGCGCCGGUGACAUGAUCCAGGGGGUGGAGACGUGUCAGGGUGAUCCAGGUGCUCCGCUGAUGGAAGGCCAGACGCUGAUUGGCGUUCUAUCCUAUGGAUUAGGGUGUAAAACUAUGAUACAUCCGGGCAUAUACACUCGUGUCAGCAGUUACCUAGCAUGGAUCUGGGCGAAUUCCGGUAUCCACUAUGCAUGA